AGCUUUGCACCACACAAAUUGUAUUGGAAAGAUCUCUCUCUCUCUCUCUCUCUCUCUCUCAGUGUGUGUGUGGUGUGUGUCUGUGAGCCAUGAAUCAGAUCGCAAUUAACCAUGUCAGAACACUGUCAUUACUAAUUCUCUUCUUCACCCAAUUCAAUGUUAUUCCAGGUGAUCAAUCAUCAACAGCAGUUGUGAGGGAAGAAUUGCAGCCGGUGGAGCCAAUCGUAUACAGGGUGGUGGAUGAAGUGGUGGAGGGAAAUUCGCGACGGAGGCUGGCACCCUUCCAGCUGUGCUUGGCUUGCAAGUGCUGCACAGCCGCUGCCGUCCCCACCAGCUGCGCUACCAUGCCUUGCUGCUUUGGCAUCGACUGCCAGCUCCCUAACAAGCCUUUUGGGGUUUGUGCUUUUGUCCCCAAGACCUGCAACUGUACCGCUUGUGCUGUUUAGGGACUCUUAUCGUCUUCCUCCAUCUCUCUCCACUUCUCGCCAUACAGUUUGAUAUAUAUAUAUAUUGUUGGAUCCAUUCCUUAAUAUUGUUCAUAAAUUCAUACAUAAGAUGGUCAUAUAUUGUAUACAUGGAAUUAAUAGCUGCUUAUAAUUAAUAUAUACUGCUAAAUCAUAUGUAAUGUUGUUUAAAUAAUUGUUAUUCCAUGGAUAGAUGAAUUAAGAAGCUCUUCUGUUCUUGAUAAUAA